AUGACGACGACAUUGGUUCAACAACACUCGCGUCAGUCGCUAGGGAGAUUUGCGAACCCGUCGCCCACCAAGUAUGCGUCGACGGAGAACAUGGACAAGGUGGUGCAGUCUGUAACGAAUGCCACGAAGAGGCUCUCACAGAUUUCUACCAACACCAAUAGCUCUGCGAAGAAGCGCAAGACUCAGAAUCGUAUAGGGCCAUGGAAGCUAGGCCGUACGUUGGGUAGAGGGUCCACUGGACGGGUUCGGUUAGCGAAGAACAUCAACAGUGGUAAGUUAGCGGCAGUCAAGAUUGUCCCAAAGUCAAAUUUCAAGAAGUUGGAAAACCCCAAGUACAAGAGGAACUCGGUAGACAGUUCGGGGUCGGUUAAAGACAGAUUGCCCUAUGGGAUCGAAAGAGAAAUCAUUAUCAUGAAAUUGAUCUCUCACCCCAAUAUAAUGGGGUUAUAUGAUGUAUGGGAAAACAAAAACGAUUUAUACUUGAUUUUGGAAUACAUCGAAGGAGGUGAAUUGUUCGACUACUUGAUAAAGAAGGGCAAAUUACAAGAGUUUGAAGCUAUCAACUACUUCAAGCAAAUCAUCAACGGUAUACACUAUCUUCAUCAGUUUAAUAUCUGCCAUCGAGAUUUGAAGCCAGAAAAUUUAUUGUUGGACUUUAACAAAAAUAUCAAGAUCGCUGAUUUCGGUAUGGCUGCAUUAGAAGUUCGCGAGAAAUUGUUGGAGACAUCUUGUGGGUCACCUCAUUACGCAUCACCAGAGAUCGUAGCCGGUAAGAAUUAUCAUGGUGCUCCUUCUGAUAUCUGGUCUUGCGGAAUUAUAUUAUUUGCAUUAUUGACAGGCCACUUACCAUUUGACGAUGAAAAUAUCAGGAAGUUAUUGCUCAAGGUUCAAAAUGGUAAGUUUUUAAUGCCAAACAACUUGUCACCUGAAUCCAAGGAUUUAAUUUCCAAAAUGCUAAAGGUGAAUCCUAGCGAAAGGAUCACAAUUGACGCAAUUUUGCAGCAUCCAUUGUUAACUAAAUACCCUGAGCCAUCAGUUAGGAAAAACAAGGUUACUGAGUUUAGCGACUUAAAUAUCAAACCCAUUGAUUCGAUAAAUAACAUCGACAAAGAAAUCUUGAAGAAUUUGUCUGUUUUGUUUCAUAACCGUGAUGAACAAACGAUUAUUUCGAAGUUAUUAUCACCAGAAGAUUGCUCCGAAAAAACAUUCUAUUACCUUUUAGUGAAAUAUAGGAAUGAGCAUCUUACAGUAUCAAAUAAUGCUAUUAAUAAUUAUGAAGAUGAUCCCGAUUUGACAGGUAGUGAUUCAAAACAAACGAUUACGAGAUCGACGUCUAUUGUUAAAACAAUAACCACAGAUCAAGUAACUGGCGAAAAGCAUACAACAAUCAGGAAAAUACCUAACUCGAAUUCUAAUUUGUCGAAUAAAUCAAGAUCUCCUAAGAAAAGGUCCGAGGUAUUGGGUAAUAUUACAAAUACUGCCCCUACUUUCAAAGCAUCUACUUCAUUCAAUAGAAAGAAGACGAUUAUGAACAAUACUGUUAUCUCAAGGAAUAACUCUUCAAAAUCACUCAGAAAGCGCCCUCCUCAACAAGAACCACCAAAAUUGAGUCGCAAAAUAUCUGGAAUGGCUCACUUGAAUGAUUUACGUCUUGAAAAGACACAAUUAAAUUCACUCUACAAACAACACAAGUUGAAUGGAACUUUUGGUAACAAAUCUUUAUUUAAUUUUGAAUCUGUUUGCCAGGAAAUUUUUGGUAAUACUGAGCAAUCCACAAAGCCUGAAGAAAUGGUUAGGAAAGAUAAACAGACGGACGGCAAUACAGGAAAAUUAUCUAAUAUUGAAAAAUGCGAGAGAGAAUUAGCUGCAAAAGUUCACGAGAAGAAUGAUGCGCGUGAUUUGAAGUUAAAGCAACAACAGGAAGAAGAAAUAGCGUUUCAACAUAAGAAGGAGCUUGAAAUAAAGAAAAGAGAUCAAUCCAAACUUUUGCAAGAGAAGCAGAGACAAGCAUUGGAAAAACUUGGCAGCCAAAUCCAAAGUAAUAAUGAUAAUGACAGAAGAGGUACAGGCCAUCGAACACAACAGAGAUAUGUAACUGAACCAACUCCAACUUCUUCAUUAGAUCCUAGGCUUAGUGGAGGGACAAAAUCGUUGUUAAGAGCCAAAUCUUUGGCUUCUCCUUCGUCGUAUGUUUCAUUAAGACAAAAUGCCCAUACAAAUGAUAAUACUUCUAAAGUAUUGCAAAAACUAGGAAUUGACGUUGCUCCAUUGAAAACAUCGACAAAGUUCAAUUCGAAUUUGAAAACAUCAAGUUCAAAAAAUUUGGCAGAUUAUUUAAACAAUGAAGCUUCAAAUCCUGAAGGUUAUAAGUCAGUAGAUCACCAGAAAGAAAACAUUUCUAUGAACAAAUUUAAUGAAAAGGAAAGGGCCAAUCAGUCAAUUAUAAAGCCAAACUAUUCUAGAUUGUCAGUGUCAAAAGUGCAAUCUCUGGCAAUAUCAAGAACGACUACUUUAAAUUCUAUGGGUUACAGAUCAUUGUUAGAUGGUAUUGAUGAAAAUAAAAUUCAGAAGGACUUACCUAAGAGACCUAACGCUGAUAGAGAUUACGACAAUACCUUAUCAACAAUCGAGACUAGAAAGAAUGAAUUAAUUCCAAACCCAAGGUUUUCAAGAUUUUCUUUCAAUGGAUUAUUGAAUUCAAGAUUUGAUAACCCCGAUGUUACGAUUCAGAAUAAUAUAACCUCAUCAGGCACUGUAGUAAGAAAAAGUGCUAACCAAAAGGAAUCUAGAUCAUCAAGAACAAUUGAAGAGGAUACCAAAACUAGUCAUUUGAAACUGGAAACCGGUUCGUUAAAAAAAUCAUCCACAAAUUUACUUGGUUUAGGUAUUCAGAACCAACAUUCUAACACGAGCAGAAAAGUGUCGCAGAAUAGUGGAUAUUGUGAUUCUAAUUUUGUUUCUGUGAAUUUAUCUGAUACUGCAGAUGAUUCACAAGAUAAUUCAACCCUUGAAGAAAAUGCAAUAAGUCUUAACCGUGCCAAUUCUGAAGGAUACAUAUUGAAGGAAGAUAAGGAAGACCAUGCAAAUGAAACUGUUUCAAAAUCUGGCAUUUCAGAAGAACACACGGUGGACAAUAAUUAUGAUAGUUUUGAUCAAAAGAACAAACGGAAAUCGACAUAUCUAGGUAAUUUGGAUUGUUCUAAAGAGACAUUGGUAGAAAAUGAUAAAGAUGAGAAAUCCUUUCAAGAUUCAAUUAAAUCCAUGUAUAAGGACUAUGCCAAAUUAUAUAAUGAUAAAAGGCCAAAAUCAGGAACAGAUGUACAAGAACCUAUUAAGAAUAGUGACAAUAUGGGUACAGAGGAAAAUGUUCGCCAGAGUAUAAUUAAGGACGAUAAACUUAAUGUAUCAGAUUCAGAUUAUGAUCUUUCAUUUGCAGCAGACGGAUCGAGUAAUAUUGAUAUUUUAGAUUCUUCAUCAGUUGCAGAUACGAAUAUGAAUGAGGAUAGAUCUGAAGUCCCAUUGGAUGAAGAUAAGUAUUCGCCAACACUUACUGAUAAUCAAAAAGAUUUUGAUGACGAAUUCGACGAUGACAUCAACGAUCAGUUCAGUCAGCAAGAUGACCAACAAGAAGACCAACAAGAGUAUAAUCACGAAUACAAUCGUGAAUACAAUCAGCAGAAUGAUCAGGAACAAUAUGAACAUGGCUACAAGCAGCAGAAUGAACAACAGGGUGACAAUGAUUUGUUACAAACAGGAGCAGACUUGAGAAAAUCCACUGCUUCAACUCAAAUAUUCAGUACAAUGAAUUUACCAAAAAUUCGUGAUAGAAAUUCAGUAGUUGAAGAAAAUAUUGAAAUGAAGGUGCCUCAAGCGGAGUCUAAUGAAUUGGACCAAAGGCAUAACUCAAUCUUCCAGAAAUUGAAACCAAAGAGAGAGGCCCCUAAAGCACCAGGCUUUAAGUGGGGCGAAGAAAAGCCCCAAGGUCACAACAGAUUUUCUAGAAUCUCGGUAUCUUCCAAGCAACAGAAACUGAAUGACAAUUAUAAUGAUUCUGGUAAAUCUAACUGGUUCAUGAAACUCAUAUAUUCAUUGACAGCUAAUACCAAGACUACAACAGGCGAGAAGCGAAAGUCCUUAAUUAAAAAGUUCAAUCCUGAUAAGCUGGAUGAUAUUGAAGCUAAGAAUUUCUAUGUUUUGGAUUCCACUCUACAAGCUAGUGAAUUGACUCGUGUAAUCAAAGAUACAUUAGAGUUGAAAAAAAUUGAAGGAUCAGUAAGUAAAGUUGAUAUAGAUGAGGACUUUGGCAUGAUUAGUGGAGUUAUACCGGCAAAGUACUCGGGUGGUCGUAGAUUGAAGUUUAAAAUCGAGAUCAUCAAUUUGAAAAAUACUUCGUCGUUACAUUUGAGCAAAAUAAAGGGUACUGAUAAGGGGUUUAAGAAUUUAGCCAAUAUCGUUAAAUUUAUUGUAUCUAAAGAAGAACAAAAUAUGAAUAGAAUGUCCUCUGUGGAGGCCUAA